GCCGGAGCCCGGGUGGGAUUGCUCGCGCACGCGCAGCAAGGAGACGAAGGGGACGCCGGGAGCAGAUUUCUAUCGCGUUCGCUCCUUGUGGCGGUGACGACAGCGAUACGUACACAGACCUGGUUCACUUCAGUUCUUUAUUGUUGCUCGGAAGGUCGGGAGAAGGAAGAUUGAUGAUUUCAGUCUCACCAAGCCCUCUCUCUGGUGUUUGAGGGAUUUGGACUGAGCAAGUUUCUUCUGCCUUUUCAUGGUCAUGGGAGUGGUUGCUGGCAAGUGGUGAAUUUCUCCACAUGGAUUCCGAGGAAGUGACCAUUACAGUUCGCCUCAUUCGUUCAUUUGAGUAUCGUAAUUUUAAACCUGUGGUAUAUCACGGAGUUAAUUUGGACCAAACCGUAAAGGAAUUUAUCGUAUUUCUAAAGAAAGAUGUCCCUUUAAGGACCAGCCUGCUAGCACCAUUCAGAAAUUAUAAAUAUGAUAAACUAAAGAUUAUUCAUCGAGCACAUAAAUCAAAGACAAAUGAACUCGUGUUGAGUUUGGAAGAUGAUGACAGACUCCUCUUGAAAGAAGACAGCACUCUGAAAGCAGCUGGAAUUGCCAAUGAAACUGAAAUUGCAUUCUUCUGUGAAGAAGAUUAUAGGAACUACAAAGCUAAUCCCAUUUCAUCCUGGUGAAAACCUCACGGGGACUUCCUUUUUGUUUACCUGCAUUAAGCUCUUUAUUCCACUAGUGAGUUUUGAAAUUGGCAAAUAAAUGUAAAAAGUGAAUACCCGGCUCUGCUAUUGGAGCUAAAAUCUGA